ACUACACUAGUCUGCCAAAUAUUUACAUGCAGCGUGUAGAAGUAUCUCACAAAAAUGAACCUUUAUAAGCUAAAUAGAAUAAAGUAUCUUGUAUUAGCAAGGUUCUGGAAACUUCAAAUAUGUUAGGAAGGCCCUGUGUUGAUCAAAGCACAAUUUGUUGUUAAUUUAUGUGCUCCCACACACAUUUAGGUAAUAUUGCCCCAUCACCAUAUUUUAGUUAACGACACAUACUGUUGUUGUCACUGACUACCAUCUUCAGUAAAAUUGUUACUUCAGUAAAUUUUUUUAUUUGAAAAUUAGUGUUGCUGGUUGGGGUUUCCCAUGGUCAGAACUCUAUGAAAUAUAUUUUGGAACAUGCACUUUUCUGCUUAUUACAAUACAAGAGAGAAAAAACAAGAAACUAAGAAACUCUAUUGCUUAAAGGCAAAGUCUGCAAGACCUCUUUGCUAUUGAAGCAAAUAUGGACCAUAGGAGUGAACUUCUAUAAAGAGAGACCACCUGAAGAAGCAUAUGAAAACUCAACUUAGCAGAGUAGAUUAGUUGUGUUUUUAUAACGUCACAUUUGUUGGGUGAUGAACUUGUAAUCACAUUACUUCUCAUCCUAACCCAAGUCUCAGGCUAUGCUACAGCUCAUUCUGUCACUAUAAUCUUCAUUCCACAAAAUAUUGUAUAUGAUAUUGAGUGAACGUUGAAAUAAACAAUGUAGCCUUCCUGUGAAUGCUAUUCAUGGGCUUUGGAUGAGAUAGUAGUUAUUUGUAAGCAACUGUAAUUGUCUUGACUGCUGUCAAGUGAGAGAAAGUUGCUGCCAGUGAGCAUGUUGGCCAGACUACCAGAGAGAUAAGAGGAGUAUGUGAAGUAGUGUCUUCUUCAAUAGACACUUUCUUUCUUCUAGGAAAUAUAGUAUCCAUCACUAUUCACUGACUUGACUGUGUGGUGAGUCAGUCGUAAGUUAGAGACCAGGGACAAUUCAGGGUCGGUCUGCUACACCCAUACUCCAUACCACUUAGUGCUAUCCUCCCCUAAACGUGAGAUAAUAUGGCAAACUUCACAAGUCUGGGAGCCUGAUUUGUUAGCGAAAAGCAUGAGCAAGUGGAUAGAAAUGUACUAAUAAUUGACAUUUCAAAUGUGCUGUGAAUAAUGCUACUCUUAGGGAAAUGGGAGGAAGUAAUGUGAAGGAUUGGCAUGUGCACUCAUAGUGUGUGCCUCAUGGGGGCCUCUUCCAACAUGUUGGAGGAGCUGAUCCUGAAGGCACUGAGAGAACAGGAUGUGGCCAGUGCUGGUUUUCUGCAGAUUGUUACACAAUAAAUUAGCUCUCUGGCCUGAGCUCCUAGGUCAUACUUGGCUCAUUCCAGCGACUGGCAGAGAAGGUGGAGAAGACCAGGAUUGCUCAUGGAGUUUGGAUGACACUCAUAAUCAGUACCAUUGUCUUCAGAACUGACUAUGUCUCCCUGGUUCUUAGUUAAUAGGAGACUUAAACCAUAAUCUUAUAGGGUUGAGAAAUGUAGCAAGUCCCUAAACGGGUCAGGUGUGCACUAUGCAACAGAGACUGCUGCUCAGGUAGCUGACUGCAUGUGUGGUACACAGAAGGAUUUUUCUGAUAUGGUGACUCUCCAUGCUGUCCAGAUAAUGAUAGCUGAGGGAAACCCCAACAUAUUUCUGUAAGACUCAAAGAUAUCACUGCUACAGAUGAGACAAUUAAAAUCCUAGUGAUCAACUGCUGAAGUAUUCAUGACAAAGUCCUAGAUUUUGAAGCAGUAAUAUAAAGUAAUGGAGCUCCCACAAUACUAAUUACAAAAAUUUGGACAGCAGUGAGAUUUAUGGGGUCAAUACAAAUGUCCUAUUCCACCUGUCUCCUUUGACCCAUGGCGUAAUGGUGGUAUGAUGUGUGAUGUAACUACAGCACGGUGUUUUUGAGUUAGUUGUGUUUGUAGGUGUUGUGUUGUAUUCGAUGGUACACUCUGGUGGUAGAUGUGGACAUGCUGAGUUUAACAUGUGGUAUGGGGUUCAUUUGAGUUUUUGUUGUCAUCAUGCUAAUGUGCUUUUGAGUAUUGGUAGUUGGUGCGGAACGCGCACAUGUGUUCAUGGGGGGAGGGGGGUUGCUCUUGCGUGUGUGGUGGCCGACCUACGUGGUAUUGCUGGAGGCUUUUCUUGAAAAUGGCAAUGCCAGAAUGUGGAAGUUCUGGUGGUGGCACGACUUUCGUCAAACAAGAGCUAGUGGAGGCUGGACCAGUUGCAUCUCCAGAGGAGGAGUUCGAAUAUGUAUCUGUUAAGGAAGAAGCUCCGGUGGGGGCUGACCCACGUGGUGUUCGGGACCGAGAGAUUGAGUACAUAUCUGUUAAAGAAGAAACUUCGUGUCUGCAGGAGUGGGAGGUGCCAGAUGGCGACGAUAGUAAGCAGGAUCCACUAAGCAUAACUAAAGAGGCAUCUUCAUCUUCUGAAGAUUUUUCUGCACCUAGCCCAUACGAUACUGAGAAGGUGGAGGACGAGGAAGAUGAGAAGGCCUUGAGUGAGGACAACUUAGAGGUGCUUGGACAUGAAGUGGAAUCAGCAAGCAGUGACAGUGAACUGGGAAGUACUUUCCCCAUUGUCAUAGAGGACAAGAAAAGUACUGAAGACAGUGGUGAUUUGGUGACCAACACCCCACUGGCUGCAGAAACAAGCAACAGGAUACAAUGCACCACCAAGCAGGAAGCAUCCUCUGGGAAUGAAGUCGGUACAAGGUGUCUGGGGCACAGAUGUGACAUCUGCAGAAAGAAAUUUGCACAGUUGCAGGACCUGGAGGAGCACAUGCGCAAGGACAGAUGUGAACCCCGUCAUUCAUGUAGUGUGUGUCACAAGGCAUUCACAAGUAGUAGAUGUUUGAGAGAACACUUUCGCCUGCACACUGGUGAACGCCCAUACACCUGUGGUGUUUGCAACAAGACAUUCAUACAAAGCGUUCACCUGAAGCGGCAUCUGCAGUUCCACACUGAUGAACGUCCAUACAUCUGUGGCGUUUGCAACAAAACAUUCAGAUGCAAGAGUCAUUUGAAGCAGCAUUCUCUGUUGCACACUGGUGAAAAUCCAUACGUCUGUGGCAUUUGCAACAAGGCCUUCAAGCAAAAUAGUGAACUGAAAAAUCAUUCACUCAAGCACACUGGCGAACGCCCAUACUCCUGUGACGUAUGCAACAAGACAUUCAUACAAAGUACUCACCUGAAGGAGCAUUUGCGGUUGCACACUGGCGAACGUUCGUACAUCUGUGACGUUUGUAAUAAGACAUUCAGAAACAAUAGUCACCUGAAGCGGCAUUCACGCUUGCACACUGGUGAUAAACCUUACGUCUGUGGUGUUUGCAGCAAGGCAUUCACUGAUAGUAACUCACUAAAGGGCCACAUGCCCUUACACACUGGCGAACGCCCCUACAUCUGUGUAGUUUGCAAUAAGACAUUUGCACGUAGCAGCACACUGAAGCGGCAUUCGAACCUACACACUGGCAAACGCCCCUAUAUCUGUAAAGUGUGCAAUAAGACAUUUGCACAUAGCAGCACAUUGAAGCGGCAUUCACACCUCCACACUGGUGAACGCCCCUACAUCUGUGGCGUUUGCAACAAGGCUUUCACACACAGUAGUGCCCUGAAGCGGCAUUCACAGGUGCACACUGGUGAACAUGUCUACAUUGAUGACCCUUUGCAACAAGAGAUUCACACACCAUAGAGCACUGAAGUGCCAUUCACAUAUGCACAAUGACUAACACCUGUAGAUCUUUGACAUUUGUAACAAAUCAUUCAAUAAAAAUGGCCAACUGAGGCGGCAUUUGGGGCUGCAUACUGCUAAUGCCCUUACAGCUGCAUGUCAUAAGAGAUUCAGAAGUACCAGAGGUCACACUCGUAGUUGCAAGCAGCAAUGUG